GCUGUAUUGUCAAUGUCUUAUGCCUGCUCGCCAGAGCACUCAUUUCGAAACAAAAACACACAAUAAUUUAACAAUUUUUGGCUGCAGAAAAACGUAUAUAGAAAUUCGCUUGAAUAGCUGCCACGAGCGCGCAGGAAAGGUAGACAAGGGCAAAGGACCGACAGGAGAGUGCGAAGGUAAUGUGAGGCAUGGAACACAAUGAGCCCCAAAACUGCACCGAGACUCUUCGGAAUAUGCGUCAACAGAUCGCUCUGGCCAACGUCCAGCAGAUGCUGGGCAAGAUAACGGUAAAUUGCUUUAGGAAAUGCAUUGAGAGGCCAGGAACAUCGUUGGCCAGAGCUGAGGAGCGCUGCGUGGUGCAAUGCAUGGAUCGUUUCAUGGACUCCCUCAAGGUGGUGUCUCUCACCUACAGCAAGCGACUUAUGCGGGAGACUAAAUAGUGCCAACAUCCGAGCCGAGCUCAAGAGAUUUUUUAAACAUGCUUGUACCUGGCAUAUCCUCGAGAAUAGUUCGCCUUUGUUCUCCUUUAAAAAAAAAAAAAACAAUGAAACAAAUACAUCACUUA